ACGAAGAUGGCGACGAACAUUUGCUAAAAUGUGAAUUUCUCUAAUAUCUUUGAAGUAUAUAAAUGAAUUAUGGAGAUGUAUACAUAAUAAAGACACAAAAUAGCAUUCAGAGUAUCACCUGGCACAAGGUUCUGUGAAGUAAAAGGAACAAUUGAGCUGUAAUCGUCGUAUAAAGUAAAAUAUUCGACCAAAAUUUGGACGAAAUUCGUCACGAAAAUCAGAAAAAUCAUUGAAUCAGGAUCUGUACAUACAGAAUAAGAUAUCACAUAGUUCUACCUCAUGGGGUUAUGUUCAGUCUGAUGGGGAAGUGCAUAUCAAAAUCAAAGAGCGCAAGUUCAAAGCGGAAAGUUGUCAUUGGAGUGUUUGGCCUAGAUAAUGCCGGAAAAACAGUCACCAGUAAAGCAUUACAAGGAGAAUCCCUCGAUGGAGUUGCCCCGACCAUUGGCUUUCAGAGCAAUGAAUUCACACUCAACAAAUGUGAGGUGACCCUCUAUGAUUUGGGUGGCGGGAAGAAUAUCCGCGAUAUCUGGAAAAACUAUUACGCAGAUUGCUAUGGUUCUAUAUUUGUGAUUGACAGUAGUGAUUCAGAGAGAAUUGAAGAAGUCCAUGCUACAUUGCGGGAUACUUUGGCAGAUAGAAGGAUCACUGGAAAACCUGUGCUUAUAUUGGCCAACAAACAAGACAAAGUGAACGCACUAGAUGAAGCAGAACUUACUGAAAAACUAAAUCUCGAACAAGUGGUCAAUGAGAAUAAAUGUCCAUGUAGAGUUGAAACAUGUGUUGCAAUAAAAGGAACUGGCAAAAAGCUGGAUAAGACAAUAAAGACAGGUGUGUUCUGGUUACUCGACAACAUCAAAGACAAUUUUGCUACAUACGAUGAAAGAGUCCAGGAGGACCUUGACGUACAAAAAGAGGAGAAUAGGAAAGAAACCGCAGAGAGGAAAGAACGUCUCAGGAAACGAAGGGAACAAAGAGAACGUGAAGAGGAAGAAGAAAGACUUCGCAAUGGAGAACCAGAAAAAAUUGAAGACUCAGAUGAUGACAUCGUCGUUGGAAGUGAUCCAUUUAAAAGAGUUGAUGUAGAAGCCCUUAAAAAGAAGGAGGAAGAAUUGAAGGCCUUAAAAAAGAAAAAGAAAGGCAAGAAAAAGAAGACCCCUCGGUCAGAUAACGAAGACUCCACCAACUCUCAAGCCCAUAGGUCUCAAAUAGAUAGUGACGAUGAAAUCAUGACUGGUCAUAGAUUAAGUAAAAAAGGAAGAAGUCGCAGCGAUGACGAGGAACUAAUAGUACCUCGAAGAUCUAGACAAUCACGUAAAAACUCUGACCCAGAAGCAAUAUACACAAAAUCUGCACACCAUGACGGUAAUAGCUCAAAUGAAAGCCAGGAGGAGGUUGCAAUCUCAACAUCGAAAUAUCGUAAAAAACGUUUAAGCAAUGGUGACACCACUGUUCGUAAUACUGAUCAGUCAGAUGAGGACAUUUAUACCCAGAAGCCUUUGAGGUCAAAACCAUCACCGCGAGUGCCAAAGUCACUAAUGGACAAUGGUUUAAAUAAUGAUUUAGACACACAAGGACCCCCUGUACCAAUGCCACGACACUUGGCCCCUUUAGCUCCAAUUGGAUUAGAUCCAAUCGAAGAACCACCAAAUUCGGGACGCAAGCAAAAGAAAAAGAAAAGACGACUUUUGGGUAAACACAACAAAACUGCUCCAAUAGGAGGAGACGAGGAGGACCCACAGGAUAGUCAAUCCGCACCGGGGUUGCAAUCUAGGUCUGUUCUGCCCCCACCCUCAGGCUGGGGCACCCCUCCCCUAGGACAGAGAAAUAUGUACCAGAGACCAAGUAGUCGCAGUCCAAGGUUGCCUUCUUUGGAAGAACCAAACGAAGAUGAUAACAGAUUCUCCAAAUAUGGACUUAUGGAUGAACUUCCUGAACUCAAUUCAUCGUCACGGCGAUUCAGGCCAAACUCGGACUAUGACGAUGACAUCAUGACGUGAAAAAAUCCUAGUCUUUUGUAUUAAGUACACAACCAGUGCAUUUAAUGCAAGUUUAAAAAAUAUCAAAAGCGUGUUUUAAAAAUUAUAAAAGUGAAUCAUAAUACAGGGUGUCCAUUUGUCCCUAUAAUAUAAAUAUAAAGUCUGUGUAAAGUGAAUGGAGAUGUAAUGGACACCCUGUAUUUGUUAUGAAUAAACCAUAAUCCAAAACUAGAAGAUUUGUAUCGUGACAUCAUGUAUUUGUAUUUAGUAAAUCGAAGUCAUUUGAUGUCUGUUUAGUUGAAAUUUUGUGUAAAAUCAGCAAUUAGAAAUAAUCAUCACUAAGCAGCAGCUAAUAGCUAAUAUCCCCAAAAUUAUGAAAUCUUAGCACCAAAUUAAAUCAGUUUAUGAGUACAAAUGAGAACUUUGUUUAUAAUGAUUGUCUAACAACAAAACUAUGUAACCCUGUAAUUAACUGAGUCAUUACUUUUAAGUGGAAUGCAUUGUUCUACAGGACAUCAUGUAAAUGAACCAGACAAAGUACAUCAUGUAUACAGAAAAAUACAAUUUUUUACUAAAAUUGUUUUCAGUUCAAAAGAAGCUUAAAAGCCUCUUUGGCUCCAAUAUUUGCCUCAUCUACUAACAUGUGCCUCAGCUAUUUACUUUAGCCUCAACUUAGUCCCUGUAACUGGUUGCUCAAUAUCUGCAGUAAUUAUAUA